UCAGAUUGUUCUGGUCUUCUGAGAGUUAAAAGUGUUUCUUUAAUUUGUUGAGAGGUUAAAUAAUUUUACUGCACGUUUUAAAUCGUGUAACGUGAAAGUUUAAAUAUAAAAUCGAAACAAUUAAAUAAUAAGCUGCAACUUUGCUUAUAUCUGAAUUAAAAAUAUCUUAGAUUUUUGCAAAACACACACAAGCAGUAUGUUCCGCCUUCCAGUUACACUUGCCCGUUCCUCCAUUGCCCGCCAAUUGGCUGUGCGUGGUUAUGCAAAAGAUGUUAAAUUCGGUGCAGAAGUCCGUGCUAUGAUGUUGCAAGGUGUCGAUGUUCUUGCCGAUGCUGUUGCCGUAACAAUGGGUCCCAAGGGUCGCAAUGUCAUAAUUGAACAAUCGUGGGGUUCUCCCAAAAUCACCAAGGAUGGUGUCACUGUUGCCAAGUCGAUUGAGUUGAAAGAUAAGUUCCAAAACAUUGGUGCUAAAUUGGUGCAAGAUGUUGCCAACAACACAAACGAAGAGGCUGGUGAUGGUACUACCACCGCCACUGUUUUGGCUCGUGCUAUUGCUAAGGAGGGUUUUGAAAAAAUCUCCAAGGGCGCCAAUCCCGUCGAAAUCCGUCGCGGUGUUAUGUUGGCUGUCGAGACCGUCAAAGACAACUUGAAGGCCAUGUCUCGCCCCGUAAGCACACCCGAAGAAAUUGCUCAAGUAGCUACCAUUUCUGCCAACGGUGAUAAAGCCAUCGGUGAUUUGAUUAGUGAAGCCAUGAAGAAAGUUGGCCGUGAUGGUGUCAUUACCGUCAAGGAUGGCAAGACCUUGAUCGAUGAGUUGGAAGUUAUCGAAGGCAUGAAAUUCGAUAGAGGCUACAUCUCUCCUUACUUCAUCAACUCCUCCAAGGGCGCCAAGGUUGAAUUCCAAGAUGCCUUGUUGCUUUUGUCCGAAAAGAAAAUCUCCUCUGUCCAAAGCAUCAUUCCCGCCCUCGAAUUGGCCAACCAACAACGCAAGCCUUUGGUCAUUAUUGCUGAAGAUAUUGAUGGUGAAGCUUUGAGCACUUUGGUUGUCAACCGUUUGAAGAUCGGUCUCCAAGUAGCCGCUGUCAAAGCUCCAGGCUUUGGUGACAACCGCAAAUCGACCCUCACCGACAUGGCUAUUGCCUCCGGCGGCAUUGUAUUCGGUGAUGAUGCUAACCUUGUCAAAUUGGAAGAUGUUAACGUGAAUGAUCUCGGCAAAGUUGGCGAGGUUGUUAUUACUAAGGACGACACCUUGUUGUUGAAGGGCAAGGGCAAGAAAGAAGACAUUGAUCGUCGCGUCGGUCAACUCAAGGAUCAAAUCGCUGAAACCACAUCCGAAUACGAAAAAGAGAAAUUGCAAGAACGUUUGGCUCGUUUGGCUUCCGGUGUUGCUUUGUUGCGUGUCGGUGGCUCCAGUGAAGUUGAGGUUAACGAGAAGAAGGAUCGCGUACAUGAUGCUCUCAAUGCUACCCGCGCAGCCGUUGAAGAAGGUAUUGUUCCCGGUGGUGGUACUGCCCUUUUGCGUUGCAUCGCCAAAUUGGAUAACCUCAAGGGACAAAAUGAAGAUCAAAAUAUGGGCAUUGAAAUUGUUCGCCGUGCUCUUCGUAUGCCAUGCAUGACCAUCGCCAAGAACGCUGGCGUCGAUGGUGCCAUGGUUGUUGCCAAGGUUGAAAACAAAGAAGGUGACUGGGGUUACGAUGCAUUGAAGGGUGAAUACGGUAACCUCAUCGAAAAGGGUAUCAUUGAUCCCACCAAGGUCGUACGCACUGCUAUUACCGAUGCCUCCGGUGUAGCUUCCUUGUUGACCACAGCCGAAGCUGUCGUCACUGAACUUCCAAAAGAAGAUGGUCCCGCUGGUAUGCCCGGUAUGGGUGGUAUGGGCGGUAUGGGAGGAAUGGGCGGUAUGGGUGGCAUGAUGUAAAUUGAUGUUGCAAAUACUGUCUGUGUUAACUCUUCAUUCGUUUAACUUUAAUCUUACUAUAAAUUUUAAAUAAUUUUAAUGUUUAAAUCAUAACAAUCUAAAAAAAAACAAUACCACACAUACCACAUACGAGUACUACAUGCAUAAAAUUUAUAAUUAUUAAUUAAUUUCUAUAAUAAUUUUGUUUUUUUUAAUGAUUAUUUUUCUAUUUUUUUUACAUGUUAUAUAUGUAAAUGAAAAUAAAUAAAAAUACAUAUACAGAUUAAUUAUUUUUGUUAGUUGUAAAAAAAAAAGAAACUUAUUGAAUAAAACUGAUUUUUGUUAAAAACAAAAA